AUGGAGGUCGCAGAUUAUGAUAGAAGGUUAGAAGGUUCUCGAACGUUUUCUCGCGCUCCUGCUGGACAGGCUUGGUGGGCAGUUUGUUGCAGAAUACUUGUUUCUCCUUACAUACCGGCAAAGAAUCGCCAUUCAAAUGGUCAAGGACGUUGGCCUGUGAAAUCAAGUAGGUUUAUUCUAGAUUUACUCAAAAAUGCUGAGAGCAAUGCUGAGGUUAAAGGCUUGGAUGUGGAUUCACUUUUCAUUUCUCACAUCCAAGUAAAUGAAGCACAAAAACAGAGGCGCCGCACGUACCGAGCACAUGGACGAAUCAACCCCUAUAUGUCUCACCCUUGCCAUAUUGAGUUGACAUUGUCUGAGAAGGAAGAGUCCGUCAAGAAGGAGCCGGAGACACAGUUGGCUUCUAGAAAGACAAAGGCGUAA